GGGGGGAGGGAGCAGGAGAGGUUAAAUCACGCUAACUAAAAAACUCAAUGCUAUUAAGCAAGAAUUAGAGAGCGUUUCGGGAUCUCUGGGCCCUCUCCUGCACGCCGCGUCUUUCCUCGCGUCUCCUCUGAGUGACGAAGAAUAACUUGAUCAAUGGCUAUUUCAAGACAAGUGGCUACUUUCCGUCUACCACCUCUUCCAACAAUUGGAGAGAUUAUUAAACUAUUUAAACUCAGAGCUGAAAAGCAGCUAUCCCAGAACUUCCUUCUGGAUUUGAGACUUACAGAUAAGAUAGUGAGAAGUGCGGGAAAUCUGAAAGGUGCCUAUGUCUGCGAGGUAGGCCCUGGGCCAGGAGGAAUCACAAGAUCCAUUUUGAAUGCUGGUGUUGCAGAACUUCUAUUAGUUGAGAAAGAUCCUCGUUUUAUUCCAGGACUCCAGAUGCUCUCUGAUGCUGCUCCAGGAAAAGUCCGUAUUGUUCAUGGAGAUAUUUUAACAUAUAAGUUGGGUCAAGCCUUUCCAGACCACCUUAUGAAGAACUGGGAAGAUGAUCCACCAGACAUACAUAUUAUUGGAAAUCUGCCUUUCAGUGUUUCAACCCCUUUAAUAAUCAAGUGGCUUGAGAAGAUAUCCAACAGAGAUGGACCUUUUCGUUAUGGUAGGACACAGAUGUCUCUAACCUUUCAGAAAGAAGUAGGGGAGAGAUUGACGGCUAGUACAGGAACCAGGCAGCGAAGCAGACUUUCUAUUAUGUCUCAGUACCUUUGCACUGUUAACAAGUGUUUCACGAUUCCAGGUCGAGCUUUUGUUCCAAAACCAGAGGUGGAUGUGACUGUUGUUCAUUUUACACCAUUGGUGCAACCAAAGAUAGAACAGCCGUUUAAGCUAGUGGAAAAGGUUGUUCGAAGUGUGUUUCAAUUCAGAAGGAAAUACUGUCAUCAAGGUGUACGAAUCUUAUUUCCAGAAGCUGAACGUUUAGAAAAAGCUGAAAAGAUGCUCAUGUUAGCAGAUGUUGAUCCAACUCUGCGCCCAACUCAUCUUAACAUGUUUCACUUUAAAAGUCUUUGUGAUGUCUAUAGAAAAAUGUGUGAUGAAGACCCACAUCUUUUUUUAUAUAACUACAGAGAUGAAUUGAGAGAGAAGAGAAACAAGAAGAAGGGCAACUUUAAAAGGACUAAAGAUGACACCUUGAUCUAGCUAAUUUUCUAGAAUUAGCCAGCCAAGAAACCUAAUAGUUUUUUGAGUGCAUUUAGAAUCUUCCAUACUUAAGUCUUCCUGAACCAAAACAUAUGUAAAAUUUGCAGAAAAGAAAAUGCUACAAAAUGAGCAUAAUUCUGUCUAUAGGCCGAAAUGAUGUUAAUACACAAAUCAUAUUCUGAGAAAUCUUGUUCCUGGUGCAAUCAAUCAAGUGACAGGCUCAGGAAUGGAAUAAAGUGCUCAUAAGAACAUAAGCAGAGCCAUGCUGGACCAGACAAAGGAUCCAUCCAGUCGGGCAUUCUGUUCACACAGUGGCGAACCAGCUGUCGACCAGGAACCCACAAGCAGGAAACGAGUGCAACAGCACCCUUCCACCCAUGUUCCCUAGCAACUGGUGUACAUGUGCAUACUUCCUCUGAUAACUGGAGGUAGCUCAUAGCCAUCAGGACUACUAGCUAUUGAUAGCCUUCUCCUCCAGGAAUUUAUCUAACCCCCUUUUAAAGCCAUCCAAAUUGAGGGCUAUCAAUAUGUCUUGUGGUAGCGAAUUCCUUUGCUCAGAAGGCAAAUGUCAAAAUACUGAAUUCAAAGGCUGUGGGCGCUGUGAUGGGUGAUACUUUUAAUAUAUUGUUCUGUUUCUAUUGUAUUUUCAUGUAUUGUUUUAAUACAUUUUAAUUGGUUCUAUAA